ACCGUGCUCCAACUCGCUGUUAAACCCGCGCCCGGGCCAGGCAUGUUACAGCCCCACCCCUCGCCUGCAAGUUGGGGAAGUUCGUAGGGGAGGCAGCUGCGCUCGCCGGCCCCGGGCAUGGGGGUCACGGUGGACGUGCACCAGGUUUACAGAUACCCCUUCGAGCUGGUGGUGGCCAGCUACCUCCGCAAGUAUCCCAGUCCUAUGGAGAAACAUGUCACAGCUAUAAAAACCAUGGAAGAGAAAACAGAUUUGUCCACAGGGAUUAUUUACAGAAGGAGAAUUGCAACAUGUCAGAAUGUAAUUCCAGAAAUCUUAAGAAAGGUCAGUGUCUUAAAAGUGUCUGACAUCUACUUGGAGGAAGAAUCUUGGCUUAAUAUGCAGGAAAGAAAUAUGGUUAUGAAGUCUCAUUGCCUUACCUGGACACAAUAUGCAUCUCUAAGUGAAGAAUCUGUCUUCAGGGAAAGCUUGGAAAAUCCAAAUUGGACUGAGUUCAUCCAGAGAGGCAGGAUAUCCAUUACCGGAGCAGGGUUGCUCAACUGUGUAUUGGAAGCUUUUGCUCAAACCUUUCUAAAUCAAGGAGUCAAGAAGGGUAUUAGAAUAAUGGAGACGCUUCUGCAGGAACAGUGUGGGUGCCCAUUUUCCUGAGAAGGCACUGAAGAAAAGUGUCAUCAGAGCAAUAUAUCUUAAUUGCUGUCUCAGUUUCCAGAGAAGUUAUCCAGAUUUUAUUGGUACCAUUUUAUUGAGGAAACAGAAUAUUCAAUAUGCACAGCUUGGCGAAAAGAUGACAAUAGUCUGUACAUCUUUCGGAUAAGAUUAAGGAAAGAUAUGUUGUUUAAAGGGACUCGGAUCCUGGAGAAGCAGCUGUAAAUGUGGAAAUAAGUCUUCAUGUGGAUUUCGAUGUAAUUUCCAGAGACUAAGCAUUCACUGAGAGAACCAACAUCAGCAAAAACAUAAAUAGCUCUUUUUGCUGUGGAGAGAUCUUCUACCAUUUCAGCCAAUGCACAGUUGUCUUGAGUCUUGCCAAGAGAGGUAUCAAUGAAUGUUCCCUAUUCGUUUUAAUAGUUUAUUUUGAAGCUUAGCUCUUAGGGGCAGCGAUUCUAUUCACAGAAUGCAGAAUCUAAUAAGAAAUGUGCCAUCACUGUUCCAUGCUGUUGUGUGGACUCUGCAUCUCUCUGCAGGCAUUUGGUAUUUCCAAUGUGUCUGCAAAUCCUGAAAACAAACAACAAAUUGAAGCUUCCUUUGGAAAAAAUUGUCUAGUCCUUCUGAAUGUGAACUCAUGCAAAACUUCCCUGCUGAGCCUGUAGAAACAUGGAAACAGUAGUUCUGGGAGAUGUGACUACACCCAUUUGGAAUCGUCACCCACUGAGGAGAAACCUAGUGAUGGCAAUUUAAGUGUCAACUUUGCUAAUUUCACUGCUGAGACUUUAGCAGAAACAUCCAUCCGACAUGCCUGUGCCAGUGUGGUUGGAUUAAUUUCAAAGGAUGUCCCAUGGCUAUAAAGUUACAAGUUUUAAAGUGAAAAUAUUUGUUUGUCCCCCAAAUGUUUUUUUUUCCUUUGGUCCUGGUAGGAGCCAAUUGAGAAGUUUAAGGGGCUUAGAAGCUCUCUGAGUAAAAUUCUUAAGGGAAAAGAGAGCUUCCAUGGAUGAGGUAUUCAUUUUGAAAGAGCAAUUUUAUUUAAAACCUCUCUCAAAAAAAAAUACAAGUAAUUUAGGGCCAGAUUUGGAUAUGCUUGCUCAUGCUGAACAAUACCUCUGUCCACAGAGUCCCACUGAAGUCAAUGGGUGUCAGGUGGUACUAAGUGCUUUCAGUUGAGCAUGAAUGUGAUUGUUUUUCCUACUGAGGCCUUGGAGAGGAGAAAUGUUGGCAAAUCCACAUUACUGUGUACCAUGCCAGAGGAUCUUUAAUAUCCAUGCAGAACAGGCUGAGCCUCUGCUUUUAAGACCUUAUUGGAACAGCUUGGGGGGGGGGGGGGUGGAAGAAGGAGGGGAGGGAAAGGUAGACCUAGUACACAUUUUUAAUGGCAAGAUCAACUAGCAAUAGAAUUAUUUGAUUAGGGAGAUACGGAGCUGUUGUUAGUGAUGCUUAACAGUCAGUUAAAUAAAGUUCUUGUAGCAACAGUGUGGAGGCAAAUCUUUUUCAGUAUGAGGACAAUUGGAGUAGGUAAUUUGUCCUUUCCAACCCUAUCAGAUAUAGUUUUUGAUCAAAAUGGCUAAAGCAGCAUGGAGUAUAAUCACAUUGACUGUCUACAACCAGUAUAUCAAGGCAUAUUUAACUCACUGCUUCCAGAAGUUAAGCAACUUUUCUGGUCAUCUGGAAAAUCGAAUAGAAUUUUUGGGGGCUUUUUUAGUCACAAAGUUUAAGGCACCCUAGGAUAUAAUCCAAUAUAUUAGAGUCCAAUAACAACUUUUGUAACUUGUGAUUGGGCCGAAAAGGAAUUUGCUAACGAGGGGUUUCUCUUAUAUUUAAAAGUUUGAGGAAUGAUUCCUGAUGGCAUAUUGCAUCAUCCUAUCUAGGUAAUGUAAAUCCAACCCAGCAGAGUACUCAAGAACAUGAGUAGUGGCGAGUAGCCCCAGUGUCUCCAGUAGGACUACUCGGGUGCCUAGAGUCAUAGACAUGCUUUCCUAGAUCUUAACCUUUAUGAAGUGAAGACAGAAACAGAAAUGAACAAAUAUGUUCUGCACAACUCUUAAAACAAACAAACAAACAAACUAAAAAAUUAAAAGCUACACUGCUGAAAAGCUGGGCCUUGUAAUUCAUAUAUUUCAGCAUGACAGAAAUCUGAUUGCUCAUUACACUAAAGGCAUGACAUAGAGCAUACUACUGAGGAAAGGGUAGAGGUAAAAAGACAAGCAUUUGGAAGUGAGAAAGUGGGUUGAUAAAUUGGAAUACAAAGUGAUGUUUUCUAUAAUAAGUACACCUCUGUAAACUAAUGGUUCUGUUUUGAUUUUCAUUUUUGGAGUAGUGUAUUGUUUAUAUUGUUUAGAGAGACUACUGAUCUUAACUAGGGCAUAUUUUGGCUUUGUCCCUAUGUAAUUUGGCAGUUUAUGAAUGAAUAAUUUUGAUACAGUAGGCAAACAAAAACUUAGAGGAUGACUCCGAUUGGACAACAUAGGAGAAAGACCAUGUAGUAAAAGACACUUAUGUAUCUUGUUAGGUCCAAUGACAGUGAUGCAUCUGUUGAGCUAAUCUGUGGGGAUGACAGCUCUGCUUUUUUCCCUCUUGGCACUGUUUAUCCUGAGAUCAUAAUCAUGUAGAUAAUAUCAGUUUGUUGAAUAAACUAACAAAUUAUUUUAGAAGUGCAGCAUUAAAUGUUUUCUGGAGAUUCAAAUAGGAAGAAUAUAUGGGAUCUAAUAGAAAAUCUUUCUUUAACCACCCAAAGGACUGGUUGGGAAAAAUAUCCAAAUAAUAAGUAACUUUUAGUCUAAUGUCCCGUUAUGAAAGUUUUUCUAGAUGUAUUCAAUGACUGAUUAAUGAUUGAGAAUAGUUGCUCAGAUAAAUUAUGGUGGUAGUGGUAUAUAAUACAUAGAUACUUUUGUAAACAUAUAGGCCAAGAUUGUCAAAGUCCUACUGUGUCCUUAGUAGGUCCCUAAAUAACUGGCUUGAUUCCCCCGCUCCCUCCAAGGAGCCUAAUUUUAUGCACUGCAGGGUCUGACUAAAGGCCUACUUUAGUCAGGGGAAAGAAAUAUAUUUGCUUUGGAUUGGGCCCACAGUUUUAAUAAUCUUGGCCAUAAGAACUCCCUAAAGUCAUGUUCCCUCAUAUUUGCAAAUUUUCCUCUCCUGGAUAGUGCUGCAUUUGCCAUCCAGUGAAACCUUUUAAAAAUUAAAUAUUUUUUUCCUUACUCAAGACAAAUAUACCUGGGGCAAAAUAAUUUUGCUUGCUUUUUCUCUGGAACUUUGUCAUUCUUGAUUAAGUCUAUGCUUCCAGGCAAUUUAGAAAUUCUCUUUAAGCGUUGCUUAUUGCAGUUUUUAUUACUGGUUAUUUUUAAAAUAUUUUUGUUCGUUUGUAGAUUACUCUAAAGCUCUAGGGGGAAGAGUUUUAUAUACAGUUAAACAAAUUUUGUUAAGGAACAAAAUAAACAAACAACUCACAAAACUAAUAGGAACAAUCCUAGAUAAAAUGAUGACUCUAAGCUCUCAGCAAUGAGAGAGUCUGUGGAGGUGAGGAAGGGCAAAUUGUACUUCAGAAUGAAGGAGAUCAUUUGUCUUAACUAUAUUGUGUUUAUGAGCUUUGUCAUGGUAGGAUGAAAAUUUGUUAAUUUAACAUAGCAGUAUGCACUCAGAACAUUUCAGAUAGCUAAUUGCUAAUGUUGCCAUUAAGCUAUCGGGUGUGCGUGCGUGUGUGUGUGUGUGUGUGUGUGUGUGUAAAAUAUAAUUUUUUAGCCAAACCAGCUGCUAGUAUAGCAUAUAAAAGAAAAUCAUGUAUGUGGAACAAUGAGUCAGGGACUUUAUUUCAGCCAGGUAAUUCAUUAUCAGCUUAGCCAUAUGGUGAGGAAAGGUGCUAUAUAUUUUUUUAUAUAUAUUUUGAGUGUAUGAAUGUGUAUUAACUGUUGGAUACACAAUGUUCUUUUAUAUGCAAACUACUACACUGUGAAUAUUGAAUGUAUUAUCAUGCCAUUGUACGUAUGCUGCGUGAUUAUACAAAGGCUACUUGAACACAAAGGAAAUGUAAAAUGUCAGCUAACUACAACAGCAAAUGACAUCACUUCACUGUACAACCUUGAAAUAGUGCACCUCAUUACAUUGCAAUUCUUUUAUAAAAUAAAAUGAUUAAAACUCCUG